AAAAAGAAAAAUAUAGCUUAAAGUUGAAAUUCUCCUUCCGAGAUGAAGAAGAAAUGGCAUCAGGAAUUAGGGUUUUAAGCAUAGCAAGAAAGAGUUACAGUGGAAGAAUCCCACACAAUUUCUUCUUCCGCAACCACUCCUCCAAUUCUAAAUCAAAUUCAAAUCCUCUUCUCCACAAAUUGCUUCAUCUUCCCAAUUCACACAUCAAACCCACGCUAGAUCACGAAUUUCCCUCCCUUCCCACCUCACUACUCUCUUUCGACUUUCUCAUUACCUCUCUAUCCCCUUCUUCUCAAAAACCCAAUUUGGUUUUGGAAUGGAUUUUGGAGAAAUUGCUCAAAGAAAAUGUAAAAGACCAUGGUCGCUUCUCUGAGCUCAUCUUUUUAUGUGGAAAGCUGAAGAAUGUGCAACUAGGAAUUAAUGUUUUUACUUCCAUGGAGGGUGUUGGAGUUAAACCAACAUCCCUGGUUUUCAAUUCCCUUAUAAGUGCAUGUUUGUCUUCCCAUGACAUUGUUACAGCGUAUAGUUUAUUUGAGAUCAUGGAGAGUUCAGAGAACUACAAACCUGAUUUUCACACUUAUAAUAACUUCAUUUCAGCAUUUUCAAAAUCAGGGAAUGUUGAUGCCAUGUUAGCUUGGUACUCAGCUAAAAAGGCUACUGGACUUGGUCCUGAUCUUCAAACGUUUGAAUCGGUUAUAUCAGGCUGUGUUAAUUCGAAAAACUACGAGAUUGCUGAUAGAGUUUUUGAAGAAAUGAAGAUUUCUGAAAUGAUACCUAAUGUUACCAUACUUGAAAGUAUGCUUAAAGGGUUUUGCUCACAAAAGAGUUUGUGUCGAGCUAACGAAUUUUUUAAGUUUGUGCUAGAUAACAGAUGGCAAAUCAGUGAAACCAUGGCUGCGAUGUUAGUAGUAUUGUAUCAUGAACAAGGGCAAGUUGAAAAGAUGGAGGAACUACUCGAAACGAUAACAAGUUAUCCAAUUGAUUCUGGUGUCCUCUCCCAAAUACAUUGUGGGAUUGUAACGAUGUAUGCCAUGUUGGAUAGAUUGGACGAAGUAGAGUUAUCUGUGGGUAGAAUGCUGAAACAAGGGAUGUCAUUCACAAGUUCAGAUGAUGUCGAAAAGGUUAUUUGCUCAUACUUUAGGAAGGAAGCUUAUGAUAGGUUAGAUAUAUUCUUGGAAUGUAUAAAGAACUGCUAUGUGCAUACCAGAUCAACUUAUGAUUUAUUGAUAUCUGGCUAUAGAAGAGCAAACUUGCAUGAAAAAGUAGAUUUAGUGUUGGCAGACAUGGAAUCAGUGGGAUUGGCAGACAUGAAAAUGUGGGAUUUAGUGUUGUUAAAUUAAGUUUUCUGGAUAGCAGGAUUAUCAGGUCAUCUUAUGAAUCUCAACAUUGUAAUUUUUAUAAUCUAACCAACAAAAACUAGUAUACUUAGGCUGUUCGAACUUGCUUUGUUUGAUUUGUUUCAACAUUCCUA